AUGACCUCCAUCGACUGGGACCUACUCAAAGACCGCUCCGUCCUCAUUACCGGGGGUGCAUCUGGGCUCGGCGAGGCAACAACUCGAAAGUUUCACAACCAUGGAGCGUAUGUGACAAUAGCUGAUGUACAGGACGACCUUGGCGAGAAGUUGACCAAGGAGCUCGGCGACCGGACCACUUUCGUGCACUGCGAUACCACGGACUGGGAUCAGUCUGCUGCGGCGUUCAAGCAUGCUGCUAAUUUUCCUCCGGAGAAGACGAUUGAUAUUGUGAUCUUGUUUGCUGGGGUUGAUGGGGAGAGGAGAGGCCUCGUCGACCUGGUCCUCGACCAGCCAGCACCUACACUCGACGGCGACCCAACCCCCGCAAGACCAGCGCACAAAGCUCUCGACAUCAAUCUAAUCGGCGUCUACAUGUCCACAUAUCUAGCAUUACACUACUUUCGCCUCCCGCCAAAGUCCGGCCAACAGAGCUUCAAGAAAUCCCUCGUGCUUAUAUCCAGUUUGACCGGCUACAUGGACCUCCCAUACAACACCGGAUACGCCACAUCGAAAUACGCCGUCCGCGGCAUGUUCAGAAGCAUACGCAAAGCCGUCGAGAAAGUCAACGCAAGAGUCAACAAUAUCGCUCCGGGCUACGUGCUCACGCCUUUGACGAAGAAGGUGCAUCAGAUUGAUGAUCCGAAGCAGCCGAGCAAGGCGACGGGUCAUGUUCUGCCGUGGACGCCGAUGGAGUAUGUGGUGGAUGCUUGUGGGAGGUGUGCGGUGGACGAAGGAACGGACGGCCGUACGUUCGCUAUAAUGCCAUCUGGCGUUAUUGACAUGGAAGAAGACUUUGACAAAGGAUAUGGGGGGCCGAAGUCUUGUGAGAUAUUGGAAAGUGAAGGCAUCACUGCUCUGUUCCCGGCUUUGUUCGGGAAGUGA